CGGAGGGGAAAUUAUUAAAUUCUGUAAUCGUCAAAGUUUGUUGACAGAUUGGUGUUCAAUGUUUGAUGAUGGUGAUGAAGAUGAUGGCAGCAGCAGCAGUCAGUGAAAGUCCACACAGAAGCACUGAAGAUAAAACAUCCACCCGAAGACUGAAUGACGUGAAGGUAGUGAAGUUCAUCAGUCUGGUGAUUCUGGUGAUCCAGAAUGUAUCGCUCAUCCUCAGCAUCAGCUACGUGUGGACGCUGUCUGAUUUCUUGGCCACGUCUGCUGUUGUGAUGGCAGAGAUUCUUAAAGUUCUUACUUGUCUGUUUAUCAUCUCGAUGCAGAGGACUGGUGAAGCAAGCUUUUAUGACAUUGCUUGGGUUGGCACAACUGUUUCAGUGUAAAUAUUUGUGUAUUUUGACAGUUGUCUUAAGAUGUUCCAUUUAAUCGAUUUUAUAGAUAUAUAUGUUUUGAAAGAAACAACUCUCUUGUCCAUUAUAUCAAAAUUAGUGGCAAAUAUGUAUGUACUGUCUUUUUUUGUCAAAAACAAAUAAA